AUGGAUCAACAUACAUCUCCAGCUCCUCCGCCACAUAAAACUCCAAUCGUCAGAAUCACCAAGCCCCACGAUACAGCAGCAGCAGCACCUCCUUCGCCCACUCCAGAGCGAAAGCUCAAGGCCAAAACCAAGAUACCCAGCCUGGAGACUGUUAUAGAAGGCGAUCCCCGAGCUCACCCCAACUUAUCACCAGAUGAUGCCUCCAGACCUGUCGGUAGAGCAGCGCCGCAUGGUGAAAAAGAGCGCCAGGCUGAGAAACGAAGCCAAUACUUUCACGAUGCGCUUUACGAACGAUCUGGAAGGAAUUCGGCCGUGGAAGCAGUUCGAAGAGAAGCUUUGGUUUAUGCUGAAAUUGAAGACGAGCAACAUUUCCUCAUCACCUUUUCCCACCAGCUCGCCGCAAGGUAUAACCGCUACCCUUCCUCUACUGUCGUCUCUCUUCUCCACAGCCAAUGUCUCUUCUUUGGCGGCUCAUCGCAUCCCGCCUACAUACUCACCAUCACAGCUCUCCCCUCUGAAGUUCAGCCCGCCACCAAUAAGCGCAACACUGCGGUGCUGCAGAAGCAUAUGGAAACCAUCCUUUGUAUUCCCCCUCCCAGAGGGAUGGUGCGCUUUGUCCCUGCAACGGAAGAGUGCCUCGCUUGGGGAAGCAAAACAGUCGCGGGAAGGAUUUCGGAUGCUAUGGCCAAGGAUAGAGAGGUUGCGAGUGAAGGGGAAGGGAGUAAAUCACACGAGAGGCGGAUAUUAAAGUCUUUAUCGUUGCGAAGGUCUCCAGCGAGUAUCACGCCUCCGAGUACGCAGCCUCCAACUCCUUCUAGACACGGGCAGGAAGCGGGCGGAAGUGCAGCUGCUCGCAUAGAGUCGACUGAGAAGCCCGAGGGAGAAGAGAACGUCAAAGUGAUCAAAAAGAAGAAGAGCAUUAUUCACACGCUGUUUCGGACAAAGGUUGAAGACGAGGACCCCGCGGUAUCCUGA